UGGCCAGGACAGGACUUCCUUCCUGACAUGGUCCGGCAAAGGAAACAAAAACAUUGGGAGCUUUAAUAAACGGAGACUAUGCGCUUUCAGUGGGUAUAUAAACGCAGGAUCGUCGAUCAAAGAGACUUGAAACGCGGUUUGAAACUCUUAUAACGUCGUCAUCAUGGCUCUCGCGCCACACACAGCACGCGCGUUUGUCAUUUGUGUGUUUAUACUCCUGAAGCUGGAGGAAACGGUUCUCUCUCAGCGAGGAUACUGCACCGGGAAUACGUGCUUCGUACUUUACCAGGAGCAGAAGGACUUCCAAGGCGCGGAGAAAAGCUGCAAAGACUCGAGAGGACAGGUAUUUGUGCACGAGUCGGCAAACAAAACGAUACUGAGUAAAAUAUUACGCGGGCUAAGUGGUAGAGUUUGGCUGGAACAGUCCGGGAAGAAGAAGGAGGAAGCAGGUCGCAAAGACUGCUUUUCUUUGCCCGUUUUCAAGGGGCAGCUCAUGAGGUUGAAGACAGAAGCAUGCCAAUCAAAGCUUGUUGGAUUUUUGUGUCAGUAUACUUACAAAGACACGUGCAGAAGCUUUAACACAAAUGGAGGCACACAGGUGAACUACACCUCGCUCAUGGUUAUGGACGAGUCAGAGACAUUUCCUCCAGGAACUCUCGCUCUUGUUAUAACAGGGGGUGAAGUCCUGGAUUCAAGGCAUGUGUGUCACAAUAGUGACUGGUUAAAAGCUCCUUGGCAGUGUGACAUGUUAAAAGGCGGAUGUGACCACAGCUGUAAUUCUACCACACAUACCUGCACCUGUCCUGCAGGGCAAAGCCUCCAUGCUAACAAUAUAUCCUGCACUCAGAGGGCUGCGGAGGAGGAUAAAUGUGCAGAGCAGAACCUUUGCACAGGUGUGGGUGAAGAGUGUGUGACUACCCAGGAUGGGAUCAAGUGCAGGUGCAGACAUGGCUUCAUUAAGGAGAAUGGCGUGUGCUUGGACAAUUCAAUCUGUGACAAAUGUGAGCAAAUGUGUGAUAAAUUCAACGGGGUAUCCAAGUGUUACUGCAGGGAGGGGUUCAAGGUGACUGACAAAGACCCCACGAAGUGUGAGCAGCACUGCGCCAAGAGACAGUGUCUGGCUGAUUGCAUGCCAGACCACCCGCUGCAGUGUCACUGCCCUGAUGGUUUCAUUGUAGACACGGUCAACGGGACCCGCUACUGCACGGACAUCAACGAAUGCGAUGUCAAAGGUCAGUGUGAACACAAGUGUGUGAAUCAAUUUGGUCGAUACUUCUGUUUGUGUGACCCGGGGUUCAAGCUGAUCAAGGGGCGCAGAUGUGUUCCAGUCAAACCUGAGGUGGAGGAACCAGACUCCAGCACUCCAUACCCCACCAUUGCCGGCGCUCAUGCAGCCAUCAUGCCCUACUACAUCAAGACCGGCAGCGUCCUUGGUAUUACAGUGUUCAUGCUUGUGUUAACCAUGCUGUUAUACUUCCUGGUGCGAAAUAUGCUCAAACGCUGCGGGAAAUUUCAGCUGACCUCCAUCAAACAACAUGACAUUGAUAUUUUCUACCUACAGCAGGCGACCACAGACACAUAUAAGAUGCUACCUUAUGAAUGAUUCAGAGACACUUUGAGAUGAUGUGAUUAUACUGAUGCUGCUUUUUGGGCUUGUCUUUCCUUAGUGUUGGACUUUUCUAAGAAAUCCACAGGCAUAGUAGGUAGGAAAAUGUUCAUACUGUAGAUUUUAAAGCUGCAACCAGUCACAUAUUUGUAAAGGCCUAGUCAGUCUUAUUGAAGUGAAUGUGCAAUAAUCAAAAUGUGUUCGAGAAAAAAAGACUCACUUUUUAUAACUUCCAUUCACUUGACUGGAAUUGAGGGCUGAAAGCAAAAAGUGUAGGACAGAAGCAGCUAACAUUGACAACUAUGUGAAGCUGCAGCAUUUAAUUCUCUAUCUUUUAUAAAAAGACACAUUUUUACAUCAACUGAAAAAUGAUGAAAAACUGAUAUAUUAAUUUAAGUUUCUGUUUGUUUGUUGUUUGGACAACAUUUGAGUCACUAUAAGAACAAAAGUCCCAGCCAGCACUUAGCUUUGAUGUUUACAUGUAAAAUUAAUAUUAAUUCAAAACACUCAUUUUAAUGCACUGUCGAUACUUUUAUGGAUUUAAAAUACACUGAUGAAAAUACUGACUUACCUUACAAUCAUAGUGGGGAAAUAUGAUGGAUGUUGAACAUACAGCAGGCCAGUACUAACACUUUAGUCACCUUUAAGUCUCUGUGGUAAAAACAGUUUUUGUAGUUUUUGUCUCCAAAUAUCUAUUUUAGCUGGUCUUAGUCUAUUCUUCCUUUUGGUAAAAAUGUAGUUAUUGCAAAAAAAAGUAAUUGUUUUGUACGGAGAAUAACAAGGGCCAAAAGCUAAAAUGCUGAGAAUUAAAUUGAAAUUUUGAGAAAAAGUUGAAAUACAGUUAGAAUAAAGUCAAACCUUCAAUAAUAAAAUCAAAGCUUUGAGAAUAAAGCUAAAAUAUUGUUUCAAGAUUAAAGUCAAAAUGUUAAGAAUAAAGUAAAAGUUCGACAAAGUUGAAAUUUUGAGAAUAAGGUUGAAAAACAGUUUUAAGAACAAAGUUAAAAUGUUGAGAAUAAAGUAAAAAUUCUGACAAUUAAGUCAAAACUUUGAGAACAAAGUUGAAAUACAGUUUUAAGAUUGAAGUCAAAAUGUCGGGAAUAAAGUUCAAAUGCAGUUUCAAGAUUAAAGUCAAGAUGUCUAGAAUAACAAUUAAAUCCAGUUUCAAGAAAAAAAGUCAAAAUGUCAAGAAUAAAGUCAAAGUUUAGAGGAUUCAAUUUAAAUAUACUUUCAAGAAAAAUGUCAACAUGUCAAGAAUAAAAUUUAAAAACAGUUUCAAGCUCUAAGUCAAAAUGUCCAGAAUAAAGUCAAAAUGUUGAGACUAAAAUUUAAAUUAAGUUUCAAAAUCAACAUUAAAUUGAUAGCAAACUCAAAAUUUGUAGAAGAAAGUCAAAAUAGUUUCAAGAUGAAAGUCAAAAUAAUGACAAUAAAGUCAGAAUGUCGAGAAUAAAGUUGAAAUACAUGUUUAAGCAAAAAUUCAAAAUUUUGAUAAUCAAUUAGAACCUUAUUAAAAUAUAACAAACAGCAGAUCUCAGACAGUCACUCUGAGUUUAUGAGCUAAAAAAAGAAUCUCUGUUGUUAAUCCAUUUAUGAAGUAUGGUUUCAUGUGUUCAUCAAUACAAGGCUUUCAGUUACGGUCUAAUAAGAUUUGGCGUUAUUUUUAAGAUAUUAACUUUUUUUCUCAAAAUUGUAGUUUACAUUUUUUUUAUAUUGACUUUAUUCUUGAUUCUUUGACUUGUAUCUUAAACUGUUAUACCAUUAUUAUACCACCGCUUUAUUUUUUCCUCACCUCUGACCUUAACCCUCUUACAUAGUUUUGACUAAAAGUAAAAACUAAAAUCUAAGGACUUUAAAAUUAACUGAAACUAGACCCAAGCUAUAAAGGCUAAGAAUUACUCAAAUAAUAAAAAGCUAAAAAGCAUUUUAAUCUGAAAGGUCACAUAUUUUACCCUUUUAAGACAAGUUUAUAUUGGUCUCAGAGGUCACCAAAGCAUGCCUGUGAAGUUUGUUGCUGAAAAAAA